AGCUUUUCGCAGCCAGCGGCUAGCCAACAAUUGGUUGGUCAUGGCACCUGUCCCGUCGGAGGAGGAGCUGACGGCCGAAUAUGGCAAGAUGCUGGAGCAAAUGCGGAAGACCUUCGACACCGGAAAGACCAGGAGCCUGGCCUGGCGCAAGCAGCAGCUGCGCCAGGUGAUCAAGAUGUACCAAGAGAACCACGAGCUGAUCAGCGAGACCAUCGCUGCGGACAUGGGGGGCUCCAAGAUGCGCGGAGUCGCGGAGAUCAGCGCCGCGAGCAGCGCUGACGAUUGCCUGGCCAACAUCGAUGAGUGGACCAGAGAGAGAUGGGUGGGCGGCCUUUUUGACAGGCAGUACAUCCGGCCUGAACCCAAGGGUGUGGUUCUGAUCAUCUCGCCUUGGAACGUGCCCUGGCAGCUGAGCAUACGCCCACUUGCAUCGGCGAUUGCUGCUGGCAAUGCAGCCGUCAUCAAGCCCAGCGAGCUGAACCCCAAGAGCGCCCCACUCAUGGCGGAGCUGGUGGCGAAAUACCUCGACCCCGAGUGCGUCAGGGUGGUGGAGGGGGCCAUCACAGAGACCACGGCGCUAUUGAACAACCGCUGGGACCACAUCUUUUACACAGGCAACGGCCAGGUGGGCCGCGUAGUGAUGGCGGCGGCUUCGAAGCACUUGACACCGGUGACUUUGGAACUGGGGGGUAAGUCUCCCGUGAUUGUGGACGAAACAGCUCAGAUCGACGUGACGGUGCGGCGCCUGGCGCUCGUCAAGUGGAUGCUCACCGGGCAGAUCUGCGUGGCGCCGGACUACAUCUUGGUGCACCGCAGCGUGGAAAAGCAAUUCCUGGAGAAACUGAAGGCACAAGUUCAAGCCUCCUAUGGGCAAGAUGGCAAAGAAGGAGGAGAUGACUAUGGCAAGAUCGUGAACGAGCGUCACGUGGAUCGCCUAGAGAACUUGGUCAAAACAGCUGGCGGAACCGUCGUAUGUGGCGGGACGCAGGGCAUCGACCGGGAGAAGCGCUUCGUCCCUCCGACGGUCAUUUCCGAGCCAAAGCUAGAUGCACCCAUCAUGCAGGAGGAAAUCUUCGGGCCCAUUCUGCCAGUGCUUGCGUAUGACGACUUCGAGUCAGCCCUGAAGAUGGUCCGCGAGAAGGAGCCGCCCUUGGCCUUUUACAUCUUUUCCCAGAGCUCCCGCAACGUGGAAAAAGCCCUGAGCUAUAUCCAGAGCGGCGGGGUCUGUGUGAACACCGCCUUCGAGCAUCUCCUGCCGGAGACUUUGCCCUUCGGUGGCCAGGGUGCGUCUGGAAUGGGCGCCUAUCACGGGAAGUUCGGCUUCGAUGAGUUCAGCCAUCGGCGAGCCAUCUUUGUCAAGUCGACGUUGCCGGGCAAGCGUGGCACCCUGAUACCGCUACCGGAGGCUGGCAAGCCAUUGCCUGACUGGGUCUAUCCAUUGGUGGCUCGCUUUACCAUCGGCAUCGUCCCGCAAAGUGUGAAGUCAUGCUGGCGUGGAGCCUAUGCGAUGCUCAUGAAGCCGCUGCGGCACAUCUUCGGCUGAGACGAGAGAUGGACGCCAGCGUGGCUGCCUCUUUUUAAAACCACCCGCCCUAGGCGCAGACAUCUGGCCCUGGCAAAGCGCCGACCACAUGGCGUUUUUCCCCCGCGGGAGGAAGGUGUUGGGCGCUGCUCAUGGCCUUCUGGCCCUCAGGCUUCCUUAGCUACAGGGCCAUCCCGAUCUCGGCUAGCAAAAGGCGCCACUUUGCC